UCCCAUGGAGGUCCACCGGAAGGGGAGGGACUUCCACGACUCGGGCCCUCCCUGGCCAAUCAGAAACAACUCUCGUUGAGGCAAGCGAUCGUGUUGUGUCGCGAUAGUUAGUGGGACUCGGAUUCAAACUGUGUGGCGGCUUGACAGCAUAACCUGUAAAUACAACAGACGACUGAUCACAGUCAAGAUGGCAACAGAAGAGGAGACCCAGCGCCUGAGGAGCCAGCUGAGGGAGCGGGAGGAGCAGGUCCACCAGGCUGCUCAGGCCGGGCUGGACCUGCUCAAGCAGCAGAUGGAGCUGCAGAGCCGACUGGACGAGCAGAGGGUGGAGAUGACCAACGCUCUGGAGGUGCUGGAGCAAGAGAAGUACUCCCUUCAGAAGGAAGUGGUGCUGAAGACUCGGAUAUUUGAGUCCCUGCAGUCAGACUUCGAGUGUUUGAAGAGUCAGCAGAGCAGGCAGCUGGAGGAGCAGCAGGAACAUCUGGAGAGGAGCCGCACAUCAGCCCUCACUGAGCUCAACAACAAGUUGCUGGCGCUGCAGUCGGCUCUGGAGGAAUCCCAGCUGAGUAAGAAGCAGCUGGAGCACAAACUGGAGGUGCAGACGGAGACUCUGAACAACAAGAUGGAGGAGCUGCGAGCUCUGAAUGAGAACACGCAGAGCUCCAUGACCUCUGAGAUGAUGGAGGUGCAGCUGAAGAUCAUGGAGCUGGAGACCUUAAAGGUGGAGCUGGAGCAGACGCUGCAGGAGGGUCGGUACAGGGAGCAGCAGCUGGAGCUGACCAACAGCAGCCUGCAGCGCCACCUGCAGCGCAGCACGGAGGAGAAGGAGGAGCGCGAGAGGGAGGCCGUGUCCUGCUUCAAUGCGUUAGAGAAAGCUCGUGAGGCCAACAGAGACCUGCAGGUUGAGCUGGACCUGGUUCUGCAGCAGGCCCAGGACCCCAGCAGCAGAGGGAACUCUCUGUUCGCUGAGCUGGAGGAUAAGCGUGGAGCGAUGGAGAAGCAGCUCAUCGGCAUGAAGGUCCAGUACUUGUCGCUGCAGAAGCAGCACGCCUUCAGCAAGCAGCAGCUGCAGCGCAUGAAGGUGCAGAUAGCCACUCUGAUGCAGCUGCAGGGGUCCCGGGCGGACCCCGCUCAGCUGGAGAGGCUGCAGUCCAUGCUCUCUGAGAAGAACGGAGAGAUCCAGAACCUCAUGAUGAAGCUGCAGAGGCUGGAGAAGGUGGAGAUGUUGCUGAAGUCUCAGCCAGCCAAUCCUGUUCCAGCAGAAGGUGGAGAGGGCCAGGAUGAGACCUACUACACCGACCUGCUGAAGAUGAAGCUCAGCAACACUGUUAAGGAUGCAGAGCGUCUGGGGGACGAGCUCUCGCUGCAGAGGAUGAAAUCUCUGUCAGAGAGUCAGAGAGCUUUGGAGCUGGAGAGGAAGCUCUACUCAUCUGAACGGCUGCUCAAACAGACUCAGAGUGCCAAGAUCAAACUGCAGCUCAGAGUGGAGGAGCUGCAACACAAGUAUGAACCCAAAGCAAAAACGAAUCAGAUCCAGAAGAGGAAGAAAGAGAAGCUUCCUUUCGACAUCACGCCCCCCUCUGAGGAAACCAUGCUGCAGAAGGGGGAGCAGGUUGUUGCCAUGUCGAUAGACGUCACAAAUGUAAAAAAUUCAGACGCUGAAGUCGCUGAGACAGAGAGCUCCACAAAGACUGAGCACACUGGAGAGCCACGACCUGCCAAGCGUGUGAAGAUCAGUGACGAUAAGCCUACUGAGAUUCCAAACCCCAGCUCUCCUGGCAGCGACUGUAAGGAGGUGCAGAGAGAGGGUAACCAGCAGCAGAACAAGAGAGAGGAGAGGAGAAAGAUACCAAGGGCAGUGGAGGUGAUCCACGUGGGCUCCACCAGCAGCAUGGAGACCCAGUGUGCUCAGCAGUAGCACUCGUACAGAUAUCGGUUAUAUCUAUAUUUCUAUUUUUAUUCUCUGGACUACAAUGUAUUUUUCUAUAUACUAUAAAUGUAUUCAAAUGUUACCGUAUUAAAAAAUGUUUGCAACAUACAGAAUUCUGUGAUCAGUUUUAGAAGAAAAAAAAAACGUUUUAGCGUCAAUUCUCUGUUAAUGUUGCAACAAUAAAUUCUAUGAUGUGUAACUUG